UGUACUCGUGAUACUGCAGGAGUUCGGUAGUGCAGUUUAUCAACGAUACUGAAAACUCGUGAACAACUCGAAAUUUAGACUUUUCGGUCAGUUGCAACUUGGCGACAACUUUUACAAAAUUGGUUCUGCAGCAUCUUCUAGACCAUUCCCCAGUUAAGAGAAUAUGGCAAGGAAGCUGGAUCUAUCAAAACUGACAGAAGACGAGGCUGAGCAUGUCUUGCAUGUUGUUCAACGGGAUCUGAAUCUACGCAAGAAAGAAGAAGAGAGACUUGGGGAAUUAAGGUCUCAGAUUGAGGAAGAAACCACUAAGAGGACGUUUCUUACAAAGCAAGCCAAGUUUAAUGAAGGUCAUUGCAUUCACUGCUUGGAACCCUUUCAGUUCCUGGUGAACAGCAAACGUCGAUGUCUGGAUUGCUGUCUAUACACCUGCAAAAGCUGUAGCAAAUUCAACAAAAAGGAGGACGGCUGGGUGUGUGAUUCCUGCCGGAUUUCCAGGAUUGUAAAUACAGGGUCACUGGACUGGUAUUACAACCAUGUGAGGUCUCGUUUCAAAAACUUUGGAAGUGCAAAGGUGAUGCACUCAUUACACAAAAGACUUCAACCUGCAGAAAAACGCCCCCUACGUUUAGACUCACACUAUGAACGUGAUGGAUUUGACAAUAUAUCAGACAGUUAUUUGCAUGGUGAAUACAAUCCUCAGAUGAUAACGGGAGUCAUUGAAGAGGAUGAAGCUAUUUUAGAUAACUCAGAGGCUCAUCGCUAUAGUGUAUUACGCAGACACAAGCGCCUGCUUUCCGUGCAUCCCAUUGACUUUGAUCUGGACUCAGAAUAUUCUGCCCAGUCUCGUCGUCAGUCUCUCCAGCUUCCUUCACCACAAUAUGAUGGGAGUGGUUUACAGUCAUUUUCAGAGUUUUCAUUCACUGGCAAUGGUGUAGCACAGGAGAGUUCCAGGAGGGGAUCUGUGAUUGGAGAAGCAGACAUGACCUCAGUAUUUCGGAAGAUCCUGCAUGAGAAAGGACAGAACUUAAUGCCAGAGUCUGAGUUUAGCACUGAAGUCCGAUUGGAGAUCAACAAAAGAAGGAAAAGCUUGGAUAAAUCUUCCAAAUCCGACGAGGUGGUGCAUCGUGAACGCAGACUUCCUCGCACUCGCUCAGUUCCCGGAAUAUGGACCUCCCCUGGAGAAGCAGAGCUGCAUCAUUCACUGCCUUAUCAAAAGCACGGGGCCCCAUAUUAUGCUGACAUGGAGAGCUCUGACAAUGAUGAGGCUCCUGAGCAUCCAGUGUAUCAGCGCCACUUUGUACGUCACAGGAGUAAAAGUUCCUCACAGGAAAAUUCAGGCUCUGGAGGAAGUCAGCUUUCAGACUUGUCUAAGCGCAUGUCUUCCAUUGAGCGAAUGCUAUGCAGACUGGAGGAGAAGAUGACUCCCAGCUCUGUAAAGUCACCAGCCAACACAGGUAGGCUUCCAUUGUCGCCUCCAGUUGACUCUGAGGCCUCAGGUCUUGAUUUGACAGAUGCAGACAUAGAAGAAGAAAAGCUAAAGAAGAAAUUGGGUGAGUUAGCCAGCAAUAUCAGUGACAAAGGCCCUUCAUCUGAUGAUGAAGAGGUAAAAAGGAAAAUCGAAGGACCACGAGAAAUGACUUCAUCCAGUGAAGACCUGCACAAUGAGGCUGUAAAGUGCUCAUCAGCAGUGGCUCUUUGUGACAUCACCACGAAAGCUUUAAGGAUCAUUAACGCAACUGAAAAAGCAUUGUAUGACUUUGCAGAAGUAGAUGGCACAGUUAAUGAACCUCUCACAAAUUCCAGUUUUCACCUAAAGUCCAGUGAGAAAGAUCUAUCUGUGAGCGAGGCUGAUGAAGCAUACAGAAAACUUGAGGAAAACGUGUAUAUGGCAGCCAGCACAAAUUACGGCCUGGAAAGGCAGCUGAAGGACCUGGAGGAGCGAGCACGAAGCAGACAGAGUCACACCACCACAACAACAGACUCUGAGCUCUCAGAACUGGAAGAUAAGGUGGCUUCAGCUGUUGCUAAAGUUCAAUACACUGAAAGCGAGGUUUCUGACAUAGAAAACCGGAUUGCAGCACUAAGUGCUGCUGGGAUGAAUGUUUCAACUGAGGAUAAGCCCAAAAGGAAGCAGGAUGGACAGGCAAUGAUGGUGCAGCAGUGUCCUCGCCGAAAAAGUUCAAAUCCAACUGGAAAUAAGGAAUCAAAAACUGAUCGAAAUUUACAGAGCAAAGGAUCACUCACCCAACGGAAUCCAAGUAACAAAAGCAGAAGAUUGGACCGUGUUUUUGGGAAACCAGUCAUGUCUAUGCGACCUUAAAGAGAAAAGCCAUCAACAUGACCUAUGUGCUGCAGCAUUAAAAAAGCUUGUGUUUCCCAGAAUCGGAAUAAAAAUCUACAUUUCAAAAAGCAAUCAGCUUGUUGAAUGAUACAUAAUACAAAAUGGCUUAUGUGUUAUAUGUUUAUUUUAUGCAGACUUAUGUACAAUUGAUCCUUUGAGUAAUAGAUAUCCCUUGUAUUGAAAUAUUUGCAUGUGCAUUCUACCAUAUUGCAUCAAAUCUAAUGCCUUUUACAAUUAUGAUGUUUUGAUACAGCAAUGCUUUGCAUAUUACUACUUUAUAAUACUACUUUUGUGACACAUUAGGUGGCAUGUGCAAAUCCCUCAGCAGCUCAGUUGCUAAAUGUACUGCCCACUGAGUAACUGAGCUAUAAAGAAUAUCCCAGGUUCAUUCCUGGUCUACAUGAGGUAAUGAUCUUAAUUGGGUGAUGGUUGGUGAUACAAUGAUACAAUGCCAUCAUUAUUCCUGGCCAUUGUAAGGAAAAAUAAGACAUGGUUUUCAAUCAAUCAGUAAUCAGUUCUGUUUCUUGAGAUUGGAAAAUUGUGCAUGUCACUCUGUUAUUUAAGAAAGGUGAUAGAGGGAUAUCAGGAAAUUAUAGACCAGUUAGCUGAACAUAUCCACGCCCUGCUUCUUUCACUCCAACUUUCUCCUUCCUGAUUUUUGGGUAUCAGAAAGCAAAAAACUCAGGAUGGGGCAGCAUAAAGGAAAAUGCUGAUGAAUAUGCAUAAUGAGCCUCCAUGCACUGUCAAGAAGCAUAGAAGAAUUUGGUUCAAAAAUGGCAGAGGACAUUGCCAACCCUGAAAUGGUGACCAACUCUAAAACAGCACUAAAUCAGCCAUGAUGCAGUGUCUCGUGGUCAUUGACUCAACUUCCACUGAAGCACCUUCAGAAGCCACCCAACAGUUGCAGUGGAACCCCAAAUGGAAGUCAUGAGAUCCAUACUUGUUGCCAUGCAAGCUCAGAAGGCUGCCAUCAUGACUGCGGAUCUCAGUGCUUAAAUGGGCAUGCAGAUGGUGGCAAUCCAAGAAUAUGCACUGCAACAGAUUACUAGGAUUAGAUACAACAUGGGAGUGGCAGUGGCUCAAGCUACUGCACUCUCUUGCCAUUAUAGUAUGACACUGCUGCCACUCUGCCAGUGCCCUUGCUAUUACCUCAUCGAACAAGCCCCGAUUAAUGCCACCCAUUUCAAAAUGGUGCAGUCCAAAGCUCGGCCUUUUAGGCCCAGAGCUGCUUGAGAUCACACUGCAAGGCCAUCUACAAGUCAGCAAGUUUCCACCAGCCAUGCUGCAGUCACUGGGGUAGCUGCAGUCACUGUAUGUAAGCAAGAGGACGGGCAUUUUGGGAAUGCACAAGGAUGAAAAAUUCACUUUUGUUUGUAUAACUCAGUGUGUUUUUGGAAACCAAUAUAAUGGAAAUGGUGAUGGUUUUUAUUGCAAGUUCUUGGCCAAAGUGAUGUUGUGAUGGGGUGGCUCAUAUGGACAGUUAAGUGGGGAAUUGUGGAAUUAUGGUGGUGAAGGGAUGUUUCCCUAAGGGAAACAGAGUUUGAACUGGUGUUCUGGACCAGCCUGUCCAGAGAAAAUGAGUCCUGGUUAUCCUGCCUGCCUCAUCUUUUACCCCUUCCUUUUCCUCUUCCUUCUAAGGUGGCCUCUGAAUACCUGGCUAUGCCCUCAUGAUGGUCAGGUUGUGGAGGACACAGCUAACCACCACGAGCUUGGGGACAUGCUCCAGCUAUUAUUGUUGGGCUCCUCCAAAGUGAAUAGUUGCUUAAGAAUACCGAUAGCCACUCCAUGAUGUUUUUGCAGACCACAUGGCUUUCAUUCUUGCAUGGUCAGAUAGCGGAGAGGGAUCAUCAGGCAGCCAGCCUCUGCUUCUUGAAGAUCUGAAGACUGGGAGAAUAGCAGACUGCUUCAGGAUGAAGGCAUUGUGGCUGCUGCCAGCAUAGUGGGCAGUCACUGAUUCAAUGGUUUGUGCAUGGUCACUCAUCAACUGCACCAUGAUGGAACGGUAGCCCUUGUGAUUUAUGUACCUCUCCCUGUGACGUGGGGCCUGUAGAGCUACAUCUGUGCAGUCAAUAUCUCCUGCAACAUUUGAACUACCGCCAUCCUGGCAAUCUACGUGCCCUUUCAUACAUUUUCUCUCUGCUUAGGGCCUUCAGCACUUUCCUGAUGCAGUGAUGGACAAUAUACUGGGAGAUGUCUGCAAUGUCAUCUGAUACCGCUUGGAAUGGUUCAGUUACAUAGAAGUUUAAUGUUGAAGUGGUCUUUACACCGCUGGCAGUGGCAUCUUUGCCCUUAUCUGAGCCUGCAGGUUGUCUUAAAGGAAAUGAAAGUUCUGUGACACCUUCAUGUUGAAUCUAAGUCACAUCAGACAAUGCUCCUGGGCGAAGUAGAGAUAGAAGUCUUCUCUAAAAACCUGUGGCAGGUAGGACCUCCUAUGUAAAGCCCUCUUCCUCUCUCUUUGCACAGCUUUCCCUCCUGCAGCUCUUCUCUAUUUGUUGGUCAUUCCAUGAAGUUCAGCUUUAAUUAACUGUCUUUUAUGAGGGGCUGUAUCAUAUGCCUUCUGGAAGUCAUAACAUUCAUAGCUAUUCCCCUAUCUACUAGUCACCUCAUCAAAAUAUUUGAAUCGCUUGAUCAGGCAUGAGUUACCUUAUACAAAUUUAUUUUGGCUUUCUCCAAUUAGCUAAAUGUUUCAAGGCAUUCAGUCACACUGCCCUUAAUUAUAGGUUGUGAAAUUGGGAUCUAUAGUGCCGCAAUGCUUCACGCUGCUUCAGGCAUGGUCCAUGCUGGGAAGGAUGUUAGCUUGUGUUUUUGGAUAACGAUGUAAUAGAAAGGAUGAUGGUUUUUAUUGUAAGUUCUUGGCCAAGGUGAUGCUGUGAUGGGGUGGCUCAUUGGUAAAGUGGAAAUGGCGGUGAGGGUAUGUGGGGAAACAGAGUCUGAACUGGUGUUCUCGGACAGCCUGUCCAGAGAAAAUGAGUCCUGGUUAUCCAUGCGAAGAAUUAGGUGUGGUUGGAUCAUGACAUCAAUCAGCUGUUUCUGAAACUUCCUCUGUGCCAGUCCAGGGAAGGCACAUGUUAAUCAUUCUCAACUGAAAAUUAGUUCAGCUGCAUGAGGGACUGUUUGAAGGGCCAGUCCUCCAACUUUCAGGUGAGGUGCUUUUCAUUUACUUCUCCCUGGCAAAGAUUGUGGAAGAGCUGUGGUUUGAUUUUGGAAGUUUGUUAGUGAGUUGGUGAAUCCAUUCAUGGAGUUUAAAGGAUUUGGCUACCUGGAGGCACCAAGAACUGGAUGGGGGUUUCGCCCACUAUUUAAAGAAUGGACAGGAGACCUCCAUCACUUCUGUUGGGGAGGCCCAACGAAAUUGUGGCCAGUGUCAUGCCUUCUCUGGAAUUUAGUACCCCAGGGACAGAAAGUCCGCCCCCAAGAACUGCAUGCUCUGCGUGUCCCAAUAAUUUUCAUCAGGAAGCAAAACUGUACAAUGCUACAAAUGUUGUCAUACCAGAACCUUUAUAUAGGCUAAAUAUAUAACUAAUUUUGUACUUGAUUCUCUAUCGAUACAAAUGAUAUUUUAUUCAUUUUUCCUACAGCCAGUUGAUACAAUUUGUGCACCUUUAACAAGUGAGUAACUAUUAUCCUAGGAUUCUUUCUCCAUCCUGUUAACCAUGACAUGAUAUGGAAGUUCCUAACUAUGAUACAUGCCACAUACUGGCCCAAUCAUCUAAUUUAUUUAAACCUAUUUAUAUAUAUGAAUUACUUAGCCCUGUGCACAUGCUUGUACCAUCCUUGAAUUUAAGAAUGGUUCCUCUGACUUAUUAAUGAAAUGAUGAGCAAUAGUUAUCCCAGGACAGAACCUUACAGAAUUUAUUCAUAACUAAAACCCUUUGCUCCAUGAAGUGCUCCAGGAUUGAAUAUAAACUGAAUGCAGAAUAAAGUUACCCCUCCUCCGUCCGAUACUACGCUUUAAUUUCAAAUUCAAAAAUCCGUUCUCUGUUGUGAUGCUUCUAUUUUCCAUGGCAUACAUUCUUGUAACCUGUCUGAGUGAAAUUAUCAACUGCUGUUUAAUAAGUGGCAUAAAUAAAAUAGUCAAAUGAA